UGACUAUUUCAAUGAUCUGGGUUCUUGCAAGUUAUUCCGCCUUUCUUACGCAACACAAUUGCUCAAACACGAAGUGCUGAAGAGGUACAGAUGGGGAUGUCAACGGAUAACUUUCGCUUUCUUAUCCCUGCCUUCCUCUCUCUUACACCGCCUGUAAAAACUUGAUAACGCACACUGGACAGCGAUCUCCACAUUAAUGACGGAAUAUGGCCGCACAUAGGAGCCGUUCAAGUGUUUUAUUUCUCGUUAACAAAGGGACUGUUUCCUUUAGGAAAGACUCUUACCAAAGAUGUGUCCCUCUGCACUUUAGGAGAACAGUAUCAAGCACCGGCGUGAAGAACAGAGAGUUACUGCCGCGCUUAAGCUCAACUCUCGCUGGUCGCACAUACACAGAAUUGUACGAGCUGUCAGUGGAGAAUUCAGAGAGAUUUUGGGGAUCAAUCGCUAAAGAGAGGUUAACAUGGAUCAGGCCAUUCGACCAAGUGAAGGACUGUGAUAUUUCUAAAGGAAGAAUCAACUGGUUUCUUGGAGGACAACUGAACGUCUCUGUGAACUGUUUGGAUGUACACGUUGCGAGUCAUCCCGAUAAACUCGCCCUGGUGUGGGAGAGAGAUGAACCUGGCACAGAGGUUAAAGUGACCUACAGGGAUCUGUUGGAGACUACAUGCCGGUUGGCCAACACUCUCAAAAGCCAUGGGAUUCAGAAAGGGGACCAGGUGGCCAUCUACAUGCCCGUGUCGCCCAUUGCAGUGGCUGCCAUGCUGGCCUGUGCUCGCAUUGGUGCGGUGCACACAGUGGUGUUUGCUGGCUUCAGCUCAGAGGCUUUGGCAGGGAGGAUCCAAGAUGCCCAGUGCAAGGCCGUGGUCACGUGCAACCAGGCCGUGAGGGGGGGACGUGUUAUCAACCUGAAGACCACUGUGGAUGCUGCUGUGAAGAGCUGCCCGUCUAUCACACAUGUGUUUGUAGCUCAGAGGACCACUAACACAGUCCACAUGGGGGAACUGGACAUUCCACUAGAAGAGGCUAUGGCCAAUGAGUCAGCCGAGUGUCCUCCAGAGCCGAUGGAGAGUGAAGACAUGCUCUUCAUGCUCUACACCUCAGGGAGCACUGGCAAGCCCAAGGGUAUCGUCCACACACAGGCCGGCUACCUUCUCUAUGCAUCCCUCACUCACCAGUAUGUGUUUGACUACCGACCAGGCGAUGUGUUUGGCUGCGUGGCAGAUAUCGGCUGGGUGACUGGCCACAGCUAUGUUGUGUAUGGACCAUUAUGCAACGGUGCUACCACUGUGCUUUUUGAAAGCACACCUGUGUACCCAGACCCAGGACGAUACUGGGAGACUGUGCAGCGUCUGGGGAUAAAUCAGUUCUAUGGUGCCCCGACAGCCAUCCGCCUGCUACUGAAGUACGAUGAGAGCUGGGUGAAGAAGUAUGACCGCUCCUCGCUGAAAACCCUCGGCUCAGUUGGCGAGCCAAUCAACCAUGAAGCCUGGGACUGGUUUUACAAUGUGGUUGGAGAUGGCCGAUGCCCCCUAGUGGAUACUUGGUGGCAGACGGAGACGGGCGGUGUGUGCAUUUCCCCUCGGCCUUCCGAGGAGGGAGCAGAAAUUCGACCUGCCAUGGCGAUGAGACCUUUCUUUGGAAUAGAGCCAGCCCUCAUGGGAGAGAAGGGACAGAAAAUCAUAGGAAAUGAUGUCACUGGAGCACUUUGUGUCAGUCAGCCAUGGCCUGGAAUGGCCAGAACCAUAUAUGGAGACCAUGACAGAUUUGUGGAUGCAUAUUUCAAGCCAUACCCUGGUCAUUACUUCACUGGUGAUGGAGCUUACCGGUCAGUAGAGGGAUACUAUCAGAUUACAGGACGUAUGGAUGACGUUAUCAAUAUCAGUGGUCAUCGCUUAGGCACAGCAGAAAUAGAGGAUGCCCUGGACGAACACCCAGAAGUACCUGAAACUGCUGUCAUAGGUAUUUCACACGAUAUCAAAGGAGAAGUGCCUUUUGCUUUUGUGGUCCUGAAAGAGACUGCUGGUCUGGACCAGUCAGCUGUUGUUAAACAACUGAAAGACCUAGUGGCCACUAAGAUAGCAAAAUAUGCAGUUCCAGAUCACUUUUUGAUAGUGAAAAGGCUGCCAAAGACCCGGUCGGGUAAAAUUAUGAGACGCAUCCUCAGGAAGAUUGCUAUGGAGGAAACGGAAAAUCUAGGUGAUGUGUCCACCCUGGAUGACCCAUCAGUUGUAAAGGAAAUUAUAGACACUCACAUUCAGUAUAAGAGCCAGCUGUCGAAGAAGAAAUGAAGGAACAUGCAAAGCUUCUUCCCAGAGAAAGAAAUUACUUGCGCACAAUUUUAAUCAUGUGUACCAAGAGUAGCCUAUACCUUUAAGAAAAGUACAAUGUAGGCCUAACGCACACAUUUUCAGUAUGUACAACUGCAGGUUUUAAUUCAUAAUUUUGUCCGAAUACCAACAAAUCUUUCGUCAAAACAACCAGUGGAUAUCCAACAGCAUCCAUACCACAAGUUGUGAUACGUUUUUAAUCCAUGGAUUACUAAUAAGCAUAACCAGCCUUCAGUGGUGUAGUCUAGUCAGCUGUAGUGGGUAUACUGUGGUGCAGUCUAGUUAGCUGUAGUGGGUAUACUGUGAUCCACUCCAAAUGUUAAUACGUAUCCUUGCCUAUUUUUAGUGGGUAUACUGAGAUGGUGAUGCUUUUUAAGUACUGUGUAGUCCUGCAUUUCACGUAGACUACACCACUGCUAGCCUUUAUGUAUUUGGAUUGAACUUUGGUAUUUCAGAGUUAUCCUUAUAAAUCACUAUGCAGUAAUCCACUAACGUGUAACAAUUUUGUAAUGCCUUAAUUUUCGUUUUUCUAUGUAGUCUGCACAUUCCGGGUUAUCUUGACCUCAGUGAAUCUAUAGUAAUGAUGAUAGGCUUACUGUAUACACUUGAAUACAUUUUUUUAUUCCGUGGAUCACCUUUUACUUUAUGAAGUAUACAAUUGUAAAGAAUAUGAGAUUAAUCUAAACCUCUAAAAACCUGCUGUGGACAGUUAUAGGCCUACAAACCUUUUCACUGAAAACAGUAUUAGUUUUUUGUCAGUUUUUGCACAUACUCCCCUUGACACUAUUUCUGUAUGCCUUAUGAUGUUCUGUAUUUAAAUAAAAUGUCUUGGAAUCUUG